AAUUUCCGGUUUGCAGACGAUUUUUGCAUCAGAAUUUGCUUCAGGAUAUAAUGACCUAUGGUCAGAGGUUAGCCUUUUGAAUCCGUUUUGAAUCUUACUCGGUCACUUACUUAAGAUAAAGAUAUGGAAUAACAAAAUCUUAUCUUCAUUUUGGAACUUCUCAGGACAAACUAUUCAACAUGGCACAACUGUUUAAGAAAGUGUUCUCUAAAUAUUUAGUUGUUACCAAUACAGUCACCUGUGGUUGUCUGCUAGGAGCUGGAGAUCUUUUAACACAGAAUAUAGAACAGAGAUUCAUGCAUAGGAAAACAGAUGAAAGUUCAGGUGUUAAAAUAAACUGGAGUAGGACAGGAAGGAUGUUUUUAAUGGGUGUAAGUUUGGGACCAUUAACACAUUUAUGGUAUAGUCAUAUAAUAGAGAGGUUUAUUAAAGGAACGGGAAACAAGAUGGUGUUCAAGAAGAUAUUAGCCGAUCAGUUAGUAGCAGGUCCUUGGUUUUGUUCUUCAUUUUUCUUUGGAAUGGGAUUGUUGGAAGGGAGAGGAGUACAAGGUGCUAUAGGAGAAGUUAAAGAAAAUUUCCUUCCUGUAUACUUGGUAGACUGGUGCUUUUGGCCACCAGCUCAGUUCAUCAACUUCAAAUAUGUACCAUUAGAGUAUAGAGUAGUAUUUGUAUGCACACUGACUUUAUGUUGGAACACAUUUUUAUCAUACAUGAAACAUAGGCAUGGAGAUUAUAAAGUUGAAGCCCCAGCAGUCUCUGUUAUAGAAAAUACUCAGUCAUAGUUAUAUUUUAUAGUAAAAUCUCAGUUUUAUAAACUUUUAUAUUUAGGAUUUCAAUGUACAGUUAUAAAUAUUUUUGAUUAAACAGAGUCAAGAAUACUCUAAUAGUUGAAUAUCAAGUGAAAUAUUUAUAGUAUUAUUAUUGUAUAUCAUUGUCUUCGUACAAUUUUUAUUGAUCUGCAGAUAUUUUUAUAUGAUAAGAUUUUUCGAAAAAUAAAUAAUAGUUUCUAUUUCCCAUAUUAGUGAAAACAAAUCAUUGAAUGAUCUCAGUUGUUUUGUUGUUUUUAUUUCAAUUUUUAUUACUGAAUUGUACCCUAAGGGUACUGAUAUUUCCUAUGCUCUUAAAGAAAAAACAUGUUAUCUGUUUUGUAAGACAACAAGAACAAUUUGUUUGUUCAGAGUUCGCACAAUGGUUAUAUUAUACAUGUAGUUGAUUGGUCUUGAAAUUUUACUUCACCUUAAAAAAAAAACGCCAAAAAGGGGCAUAGUUUGAUGAAUAGCAUUUGUUAUCAGCAAAUUUUAUUGCAGUAUUUUCUUAUUCUUUAUAAAACUCUGUAUAUGUUCAACAGGUUUGAGGUAAUAUUUAUUGUUGGGAAUAAAAUAAGAGUCUUAAUUUAAAUCCAUUCCAAAUAUUUCAUUAUAUAUUUAGUCUGAUUUUGAAGAGUUUUUCUUUUUCUCUUUUUCUUAAAAUUGCUGAUGAAAUUCCUGACUUUUUUUCAGGAACAUAUACAUUGAUUAGAUAUACUAUUCCCAGCUUUUUUCAAUAAUAUUUGUGUUAAAGUUUCCAAGCUAUAAUAAACCAAAGAGACUGGAAGAAGCACUUUAACAGGGUACAUAGAAUUGUUAUAUUCCUUCUGUUUGAAUGGAUUUUUUUAAUCACUUCCUUUUAUACAAAAAAUUGCAUUUGUCAGCAUUUUUUAAAGAACUCUUUACAGUUUCUUUGCUAUGGAAGGGUCAGUUGACAUGUUUUUUCGGUGGAAUUUUAUAAGACUUCCUGCUUGGGACUGCCAAUCAGAUUUUUAAGCUCUUAAACUUUUAGAAUAAUAAGAGACCAAAGGGUUAAAUAUGGUACAUUGUAUUCAUGCAAAUUCAAUAAGGCUUUUUUUGUUGAGAGGUUUACGGACUAUAGCAACUUAUUUUGCAAUACUCUUUAAGUUUUAAGUAAUAAAGAGAUUAAAAAGUCCCACUUAUACAUGGUACAUAGAAUUAAACUACCGUAUCAAGACAAUCACUGUCAAACAAAUACAACUGUGUAUGUUACAAUACUGUGUCACUUUUGGUAUUACAGUGUUUAGCUUUAUACACUAAUUUUUACUAAAAUUUACUGUGAAGUAAAACAUAAAAGUAAUAUAAGUUGUAAAGACUAUCUACCUCAUAUUUGAAAUAACAGAAUAUUUAUAUAAUAGUUAUUGAAAAACUGGUCAUUAUCGUGAUAUACAGACUGCCCACAGGACAGUGGUAUUUACUAAGACAGCGAUAAUGACUGAGCCAUAGGCGAGGUCAUUAUCGCUGUCGCAGUCAAUAUGGGCAGUCCAUGUAUCACGAUAAUGACCAGUUCUUCAUUAAUUAUACUGUUUAUUUCAUUGAGGAACCAUGUUUUUUAAAAUUCUCAUAAAUUCAAAUUGUUCAAAGCAAACUCGAGCUAUUGUACGAUUUCUAUAGGAAAGAGUGAAGACCUGUCAUAGUGAUAACUAUAAGUUACUGCCAUUCAUAUAAGUGCAAUUUUUCAGUAUAUAAAUGCUUUCAUGCCUUCCAGUUCAGUCAGGUUCCAAACGUCUGAAUCGCAAUUGCAUUUUAUUAAAGGGACAUCACUCUAAACAGAGAAACCACGCCCCACUGGUCAUUAACAUGUAUAAGUUCGUUAACGACCGGUUUUCUGGUCCGUUUUUUUCUGUUAAAGACUGAUGGAAUUUUUUACUGAAGAAUAUAGAAUGUCAUGUGGCCCCUUGUUAUCCAAUAAGAGAAGCUAAUUCUUAACCGAUAUGAAAUAAACUGCAUUAAACAUAUUUUGGUUCUCAUUGCUUAAUUUUAAACAUUGGUCAAUUAUCAAUUCUUUCACCCCACAACCAGCUGGCUUAUUAAAAUCAGAGAGCCAAUAAAUAACAGACAGGCUGCUAUCACUUUUUAUUUAUAUAAUAUCAGUUUUGAUACAACAGCAAACCUGUCCACAAGACUAUCUGCAAGCAUUUAUGCAUUUCCUCAUGGAGUUCCUAUUGUUUUCUCCUGAACAACUCUAUUUUUAUUCUUUCGUUAGUAUAUGCAGGAGUGUCUAAUUUUUUAUUGAAAUAAAGAAGUACUUUUAAGUUAUUUUUGUACAAUAAUAGUUAUAUUUCUAGACAAUCUGAUACAAUGGGUUGUUGUAGUAAACAACAAUUUAAUUUGAAGUACAUGUAUUUGAAGAUCUUAUCUGUUUUUGUUAAAUUAAGUCUUUCAUUAUUGGAAUAAAAUUAAAUUAUUUA